AUGAGUACCUGUCGACAUGAAAUAUUAACAAAUACAAUCCCAAAUGGUACAUUAGAAGUUAUUAUUACUGAAGGACAUAGUCUUAAAGAUUGCGAUAUAAUUGGUCAAAAUGAUGCAUAUGUGGAAAUUUAUUUAGAUGAAAAAUAUAAACAACGUAUAAAAAUUAUAAAAAAUUCUAAUAAUCCUGUAUGGAACGGACGAUUUACAUUUAAUAUUCAUAAAGGUGAUGAUACAAUUCAUUUUGCUGUAUAUGAUGAUGAUGUUGUUGGUCGAGAUUCAAUUGGAAAUGGCAAAGUUAAACUGAAACAUGUUUUUGAUGAUAAUAGAUUUGAUGAAUGGGUUAAAUUAUCAGCUCAUUUAGGUUUACCAUCUCAUGAUAAAUCUCUUACAGACUGUAAUUGGGUCGUCGAAUAUAAUACGAAACCAUGGAUUCGAAUUGAUUUGGCUCAUUCGUGA